AUGACAAACUCUACACAGGUUUCAUAUUUCACACUAAGUGCCUACUUUGACACCGGGGUUUUUAAAUACUUGUAUUUCCUGAUUGUUCUGACUUUUUAUAUUUGUAUUAUUGGUGCCAAUGUGUUGCUGCUUGUGGUUAUCUGUGUGAACAGAAGCUUACAUGAACCUAUGUACCUUUUUCUGUGCAGCCUGUUUGUAAAUGAACUGUUUGGUAGUACAGGGUUGUUUCCAUUCCUUCUGGUUCAGAUCCUCUCUGACGGUCACACUGUUUCUACUUCUUCUUGUUUCCUGCAGAUUUUCUGUUUGUAUUCUUAUGGAGGUGUAGAGUUCAGUAACUUAGCCGUCAUGUCUUAUGACAGAUAUCUUGCUAUCUGUUGUCCUCUGCAAUAUAACUCACGUAUGACGUCUAACAAGAUUACUGUGUUUAUUGCUCUCACAUGGUUCUACCCUUUUCUUGUCAAUACUUUCAUAAUGUUUGGUCUGACCGUCCCUUUACAACUGUGUGGGAACAUCAUUAACAAAGUGUACUGUGAUAACUACUAUGUUGUUAAACUGGCCUGCAAUGACACUACAGUCAAUAACAUUUUUGGACUUGUCCACAUGUUUACAGUAAUCUUUGUUCUCAUACUUUUAAUCCUCUUCUCCUACAUUAAGAUCCUUAAAGUGUGUUUCUCUGGCUGUAAGCAGACGAGACAGAAAGCUGUCAGUACCUGCACACCUCACCUCGCUUCUCUGCUCAACUUCUCUUUUGGUGCUUUCUUUGAGAUAUUACAGAGCAGGUUUAAUUUGUACAAUUUACCCAACAUGUUGCGCAUUUUUUUAUCGUUAUACUGGCUUACAUGCCAGCCGCUCAUCAACCCUUUACUGUACGGACUGAAAAUGUCCAAAAUAUUUAAUGUAUGUAAAAGCCUGCUCUUUGGGGGGGAAAGGUAA